CCUCGCCCCCGCCCCCGCCCGCUGAUAUCACUGCCGGGGCAGGCGCUACUUCCUUUCUGUGCUCGCUCGUCGUGGUGGUAGCAGGCCCGGCCGUGACAUGCAGAACGACGCCGGCGAGUUCGUGGACCUGUACGUUCCGCGGAAAUGCUCCGCCAGCAACCGCAUCAUCGGUGCCAAGGACCACGCGUCCAUCCAGAUGAACGUGGCCGAGGUUGACAAGGUCACCGGCAGAUUUAACGGCCAGUUUAAAACGUACGCCAUCUGCGGGGCCAUUCGCAGGAUGGGUGAGUCAGAUGACUCCAUUCUGCGAUUGGCGAAGGCUGAUGGCAUCGUUUCAAAGUAAGAGGGUCCUCAUGUUUGGGCACAAUGGCCUAAGACUUCUCCGGAGACAUGGUUUGAACACCGCCCUUCUCUCCUUGUUCUAGGAACUUCUGAGUGGAGAGUCAUAGAUGUGGAAUGUUUGUCAUAAAUAAAGAGUGAAACCCUA